AUGGCCAAUGCACUCUGGGACAGCAAUACCAUCUCCUACUCAGGAUGUGCUGCCCAGGUCUUUAUGUUUGCUGUCUUUACUCCAGCAGAGUUUUAUGUUCUCACCAUCAUGGCCUAUGACCGCUACAUUGCCAUCUGCAAACCCCUGCACUACGGGACCAUCAUAAGUGGCAAAAUUUGUGUCUACAUGGCAGCAGCUGCCUGGGGCAGUACUUUGCUCUAUGCUGUGCUGCACACUGCCAAUACCUUUUCCCUCCCUCUCUGCAAAGGCAAUGUCCUUGACCAGUUCUUCUGUGAAAUUCCCCAGAUCCUCAAGCUCUCCUGUGCUGAUGCCUACUUCAGGGAAGCUGGGCUUAUUGUUUUUACUGCAUGUUCACUUUUAGUGUGUUUCCUUUUCAUUCUUUACUCCUACAUGCAGAUCUUCAGGGCUGUGCUGAGGAUAUCCUCUGAGCCUGGACGGUACAAAGCCUUUUCCACUUGCCUUCCUCACCUUGCCAUAGUCUCCCUGUACACCACCACUGGCACAUUUGCCUACUUGAGACCCCCAUCCAUGUCCUCAUCAUCCCUGAAUAUUUUACUAGCAGUUCUGUACUCAGUGUUGACUCAAGCAGUGAACCCCCUCAUCUACAGCAUGAGGAAUCAAGUGCUGAAGGAUGCAGUGUGCAAA